AUGUGCUCUGGUUGCGGGCCGGCCCUGAAUUAUCACAUCUUCCUCCUUCUCCAAACGGCCCUUCUCCCCUCCCCCUCCCCUCUCCCCUCCCCCUCCCCCUCCCCUCUCCCCUCCCCUCCCCCUCCCCUCUCCCCUCCCCUCCCCCUCCCCCUCCCCUCUCCCCUCCCCUCCCCCUCCCCUCUCCCCUCCCCUCCCCCUCCCCUCUCCCCUCCCCUCCCCCUCCCCUCCCCCUCCCCUCCCCCUCCCCUCUCCGCUCCCCUCCCCCUCCCCUCUCUCUCCCAGCUUCCUUCGUCAAGGUGCUGUUGCAGCCGGCCCCAUGCUUAUCAGAUCUCCCUUCUUCCCCAAACGGCCCUUGUGGGUGGUCGUGUGGGUGCCAUGCGGCGCUCUCAUAGCAGCAUGGCUGCGGUGGUGUGGGACUGGCACAAGCAGCACGAGAGCUCUUUUUUCCUUCUUCGCCCCCCAUCCAUCCCCUUCUCUCCUCCCAGCGUCCCUGUUCACGCUGCUGGUGGUCGUGUGGGUGGCAUGCCGCCGUCCCUGUUCACGCUGCUGGUGGUCGUGUGGGUGGCAUGCGGCGCAGUGAUAGCAGCAUGGCUGCUCUACUGGAGGCACUCGCAGUACGUGGAUCAAAGGGAGGAGGCGCUGGGAGUGUGGUGCAAGGAGCGCGCCCUCACGUUGCAGCAGCUCGUGCUGGCCCAUGCUGGGCAGAUGCAGGUGAGGUUGGAGUGGGUUGAUGCCGAACCUAGAGAGUGGCAGCGGCGGUUGGCAGGGGAAGCAGCAGCAGUGGGGAACCGCGAUAUAGAGUAUUCUACAUCGCCUCAUGCAAGUGAGGUUGGAGCGGUCCUGCUCACCCAUGCUGGUCAGAUGCAGGUGAGCUGUGUUGGGCUGAUUCCUGUGGUGGGCAAGCCAGGGCGGGUGGGCAAGUGGGACAUGGGCGGGUGGGCAAGUGGGACAUGGGCGGGUGGGCAAGUGGGACAUGGGCGGGUGGGCAAGUGGGACAUGGGUGGGUGGGCAAGUGGGACAUGGACUCUUUCAGGUGUGAUUUCUGUGAUGGGCAAACCGGGGCAAGGGAGCAAGUGGGGCAUGGGCAGGUGUUUGAACGGCAGCAUGUGGGUGUCUUAUCUCACUCGCACCGCACCAACUCGCCCGGGGAACACUGGUGCGGUCGCGUGUGCGCUGGUGCGCGAUGCAGAGAGGCCGGCCUUUGAAAAGCAGUACGGCAGCAUCAGAGACAACACGCUGAUCGUCAGCGCACGCCGCCCCAUCUACUGCCCGAAGAUUCUAGAGCUCACAACGCUCUAUGCCACCAACGGCCCCAGCAACAUCGACAUGUUCCAAAGAUACUACUCUCUGAUCCCGCUCGUGCUAGAAGGCCGGCACUUCUACUCCUGGCCCUACGCCCUCGCCAAUCCACUCACUCAUGCCGGAUUCGACCCAUCCAAGUCCUUUGAGCUAUACGACAUCACCGACCCAGCCUCGCUCUUCGCCAUCGUCUCACCAGUCCCCCCACACGCCUACUUCCGCCCCGACGACAAGCUCCCCUACAUGCACCCCUCUCCCAACUCUGAAACCCGCCCCUGGGAGCAUCGAGCCGUGGUGCCUCUAAUUGAGAUGGGAGCGGGCGUGCGCAGAUAUGAGGUCUGGUGCAGGCACACACAGCCCCCCAGCACGUGGCAAUCGUGGGGCAUCCCCAUCCUCAUCGCCCUCUUCGCCCUCCUCCUCGUGUUGCUCGUGCUGCUGGCGGCAUGUCUGCAGCGUGCUAAGUUCCUGCAGACCCAGCAGCAGAUGGCGGAAGCUGAUAGGCUGAGACGGGAGGCAGAUGAAGCAGAGGCAUCGAAGAGCAUGUUUGUAGCGUGCAUGUCUCAUGAGCUGCGGGCGCCCAUGGUUGGAAUCAUAGGCAUGCUCGAUGCUCUAGCAGACAUGGGCCUGGACUCCUCCCAGCUAGAAGACCUGCUAUUGGCCACAGCGUCAGCAAAGAAAACACUGCAUCUGGUCAACCGCGUGUUGGACCUGGCGAAGCUGGAGGCAGGCAAGGCGGUGGCGGAUGAGACGGUGAUUGACGUGCGGGAGUGGCUUGAUGCUGCGUUGCACUGGCACGUGGAGGCAGCACGCUCCAAAGGCAUUGAAU